AUGAGAAAUCCUUUGCAACCCCCAACAAUAGGCCAACACCCAGCAAGGUUCAAAAGUCCUUACAAAGACUCCGAAGCCCAAAUGGCAGAAAACAGAGUGGAUAUCUUUGAAAUGGGCCACAAGCAUUUUUAUCUUUGUUUUUCUUUCCUUUUUCUUUCUUUGCUGCUUUAUAACCUUUUUCUUUUCUUAUCAUUUUUCCCUCGUUUUCUUUUCUACAUGAAUUCCUUUUUCUCUUCAUUUAUCUUCCCUUUAAUUUUCUUUUUUAUGUACGUUUUUUCUAUUCUAUUCUUUCUUUCUUUCUUUCUUUCUUUUUUUCUUUCUUUCAUUCUUUCUUUCUUUCUUUCUUUCGUUCUUUUAAUCUUCAUUUCUUUGCUUUUUCAUUUUCUUUUGUUUUCUCUUUUACAAACAUCACCUUUCUCUUCUUUUCUUGUAAUUUCUAUUUUCAUUCUUUUUUUUUUAAUUCUUUGUUUGUUUCUUUCUUUCUCUUACUUUAAAUUAUGUUUCGUUCUAUCUGAUGCUUCUUUCUUUCUCACGUUUCCUUUUCUAUUUUUAAUUCCUUCUUUUUUUAACUUACGUUUCAGUCUUCCGUUUUGUCGUUUUUCUUUUUCCUUAUUUUCUCUUUUUCUAUUAUUUCUUUCUUUCUUUUCUUUUGUCUCCUUUUUUUCUUUUACAAACUUCAUCUGUCUCUCUGUUUCUCUGGCUUCCUUUUUUCUUUCUUUCAGAUUCUCCUUCAAUACUAUUCAUGUUUCUUUUUCUUUUUAUUUGUCUUCUUUUGCUUCUCUCCAGUUAAAAGUGAUUUUUAAACAUUUACUUGCUUUCCUUCAUUCGUUGUUCGUUUCUAAUAACUUCUCAUUCUUCAUUCUUUUUCAUUCUUUGUCCUCGAUAACUAUAUUGUCCUUUCUUUUUUUCUGUCUUUCUUUCUUUCAUUUUUACUUUUUUUUUCUUUGA